AUGUUAUCAUCAAGAAAUUCACUAACUGUAUUUGCACAUCCACAACAUCAACUAAGGACCCAACAAGCACCAUCAAGUACAUCAGAUAAAUCAUCAAGCUCUCGAUAUUCAGAGAUUAGACAUUAUGGUCCUAGAUAUAGUUGGUUACGUUUGAAAGAUCAUAAAGAGAAAACAUACUCAGAAGAAACCAUAAAGUCUGAGUUAGAAAUGUAUCUAGAAGAAUGUAGUGUUGAGAUACCUGACGAUGUCAACUCAGGAAGGCUUUUUUGUACAGUUGGUGUCCACCCUACAAGAUGCAAGGAAUUUGAAGAGAGUGGAGAUCCUGAAAGGUAUUUUCAGGCUUUGUUGUCAUUGGCUAAGAAGGGAAUUGAGAAAGGAAAGGUAGUGGCCAUUGGUGAAUGCGGAUUGGACUAUGACAGGCUUCACUUUUGCCCAGCAGAAACUCAAAGGAAGUAA